AUGGAAUGUACAAUGUUUCAACCUGGAACAGCUAUAAGCGUAGUCAAGGAAAUUGAGAAAUAUAAAGUAAUUUUAGUAGCAUUACAAGAAAUCAGGUGGAAUGACGAAGGAACCAUAGACAUAAAUGAUACUAUUAUUCUGUAUGGCAAGUGCAAUGAAAGACGACAGUUUGGGGUUGGCUUUGCAGUACAUAAAAGCCUAGUGCAUACGAUAAAAGAGUUCAAAGUUAUCAACUAUAGAAUUGCUAUUCUUAUAGUUAAGGCCAAAUUUUUUGAUAUAGUAUUUUUAAAUGUACAUGCACCAACGGAGGAGAAGUCACAAGAGGAAAAAGAAGAAUUUUAUGCUGAGUUAGAAGAUAUCUUGUCGAGAAUAAACAAUAGCAAAAUACGAAUUAUCCUGGGUGAUAUGAAUGCGAAGAUAGGAAAAGAACAGUUCCUUAAACCUACUAUAAGGAAAUAUAGCUUACACGAAACAACAAAUGAUAAUAGUAUGAAACUAGUAGAUCUUGCAACUGGCAAAGGUUUCAGGAUAAUGAGUACAAUGUUUCCCCAUAAGGAUAUACAUAAAG